AUUCGCCAUGGUUGCAACACUGGCAAUUUUAUGGAGCAUUCGAGGGGUGAUUGGGAUCAGAUUUGUGAUAGAUAGGGAGGAAUGUUUCUCGCACAAUGUGGAUUACGAUGGGGACACCAUUCAUUUAUCGUUUGUUGUAAUUAAGUCCGAGGGAUCAUGGCAUUAUGCUCCAGAUGGGGUUGAUCUUGUG